UUUUCUGUCAUAGGAGCAUCGCCAGGCAGUUUCUAAGUGUCGGGAUGCUCUCGUUGGUUUUUAUGAUGACCAGUGAGCAGCAGCUCGAAAUCCGCAAGAAGUGCUCGUAGCGGGAAGCUCUGACAUUGAGAACAGGGCAAGGAGGGGCGAAAAGGAUGAAGAGAAUUGCAGUCAUUGGAGCUGGUGUUUCCGGGCUUGUAGCGGCCUACACUCUGUGCAAAGCCGGAUGUCAUGAGGUUGUCCUCUACGAAAAGGAGAACUACUUUGGAGGUCACGCACGCACGGAGGAUGCGAAUGGGAUUGCUGUGGACCUCGGCUUCAUGGUUUUCAAUCAAGUGACUUAUCCCAACAUGGUUUCUCUGUUUGACGAACUGGGAGUGGACAUGGAAACCUCCGACAUGUCAUUCUCUGUGAGCCUCGAUGGGGGUAAAGGCUGCGAGUGGGGAAGCACCGGACUGGCAGCAGUCUUUGCACAGAAAUCCAACCUUGUCAACCCGUACUUCCUGAGAAUGAUUCGGGAAAUUGUCAAGUUCCAGGACGACGUUCUCAACUAUCUAAAUAAGCUGGAACAGGGGGACGACGCUGUUGAUCCCAAUCAGACUCUUGGCUCCUUCCUUCAACUUCAUGGCUACUCUGAAAAAUUCCGAGACUGCUAUCUGAUUCCCGUGUGUGCUUCAAUUUGGUCUUGUUCUUCUGAGCAAGUCUUGGGCUUCUCUGCGGCCAGCAUUCUCACCUUUUGCAGAAAUCAUCACCUCCUUCAGAUAUUUGGAAGGCCCCAGUGGUUAACUGUCAAGGACCGAUCAAUUAAGUACGUGGAAAAGAUUGUCGCAGAGCUAACGAAAAUGGGCUGCGAAUUGCGGUUGGGAUGUGCUGUCUCCAGAAUAUCAAGCACCGAAGGAGGUGUCAAACUGAUAUUGGAGAGCGGAGAAAAAGUCGUGUACGACACUUGUCUGGUUGCCGCUCAUGCUCCGGAUGCUCUCACUUUGCUAGGAGAAACUGCAACUUUUGACGAGCGACGACUUCUUGGCGCAUUUCAAUACAGCUACAGCGACAUCUACCUGCAUAGAGAUCGAGCUUUAAUGCCUAAAAGUACCGCUGCAUGGAGUGCGUGGAAUUUUUUAGGAAGCGUGCAAGGGCGUGUCUGCGUCACGUACUGGUUGAAUCUUCUUCAGAACCUCGGUGAUACAGAAGGCAAACCGUAUUUAGUUACUCUCAAUCCUCCAAGGCCUCCCAAGAAUUUGAUUUCCAAGUGGCGAACAGGACAUCCCGUGCCAUCUCCCGGUGCAGCCACGGCACUUAAGGAACUGGACACAAUACAAGGCGCAAGAAAAAUCUGGUUUGCAGGCGCUUAUCAAGGCUAUGGUUUUCACGAGGACGGACUAAAGGCAGGCAUGGCUGCGGCUAAUUCAUUAUUAGGAGCGAAGUACCAGGCUUUAUCGAACGUAAAGCAGUUGAAUUUUACGUGGUGCCAAAGUCAAGCAAGAAGAGAAGUGACAAAGUUUCUUCAGAAGUACAUUGUUUUCGGCAAGCUUCAAUUUAUUGAAGCCGGUGGAACGAUUCUAGACUUCGUCGGGAAGGAUUGCGACUUGACAAGCAAGUUGAGGAUUCACCAUCCAGAUUUUUACUGGAAGAUCGCAACGAGAUCUGACUUAGGACUCGCAGAAGCUUACAUGGAUGGAGAUUUUACAUGCAUAGAUUCGCAAAAUGGAUUGCUCAACCUACUGCUCAUAAUAAUCAAGAAUAGAGACUGGAUGCUGAAAUCUCUCAAGGAUGAAAAGAGAGGCUGGUGGACUCCUCCUAUUUUAACAGCAGCGUUUGGUUCCGCUGUCGCUUACCUUAAGCAUAAGCUUCGAAACAACUCUAUUGUGAAUGCUCGGAAAAACAUUUCCGAGCACUACGACUUGAGCAAUGAGAUGUUCAGUCUCUUCUUAGACGAGACUAUGACAUACUCUUGCGCUAUAUUCAAGGGACCGGAGGAGCCGCUUAAGGAUGCGCAGCUGAGGAAGAUCCACCAUCUGAUCGAUAAGGCCAGGAUCGAUAACAGCCACGAAGUUCUUGAGAUUGGCUUUGGAUGGGGAAGCAUGGCUGUAGAAGUUGUGCGUAGAACGGGAUGCAAGUACACGGGAAUAAGCUUGUCUGAAGAACAGCUUGCUUUUGCUAAGCAACUUGUUACGCAAGAACGCUUGGAGGACAAGAUCACGCUGAAGCUAUGCGACUAUCGUUGCCUUGAAGGAUGCAAGAAAUACAACAGGAUCAUUUCAUGUGAAAUGAUGGAAGCAGUCGGGCCUGAAUACUACGACGAGUUCUUCGCAAAGUGUGACUACUUGCUUGCUGAGGAUGGUCUCGCUGUUAUUCAGGUGAUCACCGUCCCCGAAGAAAGAUACGACGAGCUCAGGAGGAGCUCAGAGUUCAUCAAAGAGUACAUUUUCCCCGGCGGUUCUUUACCUUGCUUGGCAGCACUGACUGCAGCGAUGUUCCGUGCAUCUUCGCUAUGUGUGGAGCAUCUGGAGAACAUUGGCCUGCACUACUACCAGACUCUAAUGUGCUGGCGAAGAAACUUCAACUCCAAAACAAGUGAAAUAGCCAAGCUCGGCUUUAGUGAGAGCUUCAUGCGCAAAUGGGACUACUACUUUAUUUACUGCGCAGCAGGAUUUCUGACGUGCACUCUAGGAAACUUACAGAUUGUUUUCUCCCGCUCUGGGAACGCGGCAGCGUUGGGAAACCCUUACAGGAGCUUCCCUACGGCAUAGGUGACGAAAAAAAACAGAGAGACAUCUUAUAAAAUAUACCUUGUAAUAAAAGCAUAUUCAUAGGAUAUGCGAAGAAGGAUAUCCAUUGGAUUCCCAUUUUGAAA